AUGGCAAGUGGUUGGAGGUCCCAUAUGCCCAAGCCUUUUGGGCCCUUUGAAGCAGGCCCUCCCUAUGCAAGGCCUGCUCUACCCACGAGGUCCUUCUAUGCACCUUGCCUCCCAAAUAAAAGGGCUCUUCUUCAAUUAACUGCCGAUGGUGACUUUCCACACCCCUGGAGUUUGACUCCACUGACGAGCUCCCUCCCUACCAGCCAUACCUCCAACCCUGUCCUUCCCCCUCAUCCAACUCACCUACUGACUCUGAAACCUCUCCUGACUCUCCCUCAACCCCACUACCCUGUUUACCUGACUCCUUCCCCCUUUCCUUCCCCUCUGCCACAGGGUCGGUACCCACAGGGUCAGUAUAUGAUAACCCUGAGAGAGGUGGCAGGACCAGAGGGCCCCACCCGAGUCCACGUGCCAUUUUCAUUGUCAGACAUAAGCCAGAUAGAAGAAAAGUUAGGAUCAUUUUCUGAAAAUGUAUCUGAAAAAUCCUACCAGAUACAGAAAAGAAUCCCUGAGACUCUCGCAGACCUAUAA